AGCACCAAAUAUAGAAGUGCACGUAUUUGAUUGCUGAGAAGUUCAACCGUGGACAUUAGAGGGUUAAUUCAAAUGUCGCUUACCGUUCCGCUCGAUAAAAAAAAUAAUCUGUUCGCUUCCGAACGGUAAGCAUUUCGGUAAUUUGAGCCGUUUGAUAAAUGUUGUACAAAAUACCCACCGACGCACAUUUUGCGCCCAGUUGUUAUCGAAAAAAGCUCACUCAUAAAUUAGCAUAUGUUUUACGCGCACCGUACAAAUAGGCCAGGUUGCACGCGUCGUCGUCUUUCAAGAAGCCAUGUUCCGCGCGUUGGUCCUCACAACAUUUGCCGUAGUUCACUGCGAUUCUUCCUUUUACGAGUCCUACUUCAACGAACCAGUUGCACCGAAUUCCCAAACCAGAAACGCCCUCCGCUUGGCCGCCUACAAAUGGCCCAACGGAAUCGUUCCGUACACGUUCGAUCCGGGCUGUGACCAACGCUACCGUACGGCCGUCCUGAACGCCAUCAGCGUGCUCGAGCAGGCCGCCAGCUGCGUUCAUUUUAUCCCCAAAACCGACGACCAAAGGGAGCACAUUCGAUUCGUGCGCUCGACUUCCGGCUGCGGGUCCUCGAUAGGAUAUCGCUCCGGGCAGCGCGAACCGUUGGACGUUCUGCUGGACGAUUUCUGCCUGGGCUUAGCCGGAGCCGUUCAGCACGAACUGUUGCACGUGCUAGGACUGUUUCACGAGCACACGCGUCCCGACCGUGACGAGUACGUCGAAGUGCUGUGGGAUAACAUCGAGCCGGAGUUUCGACGGAACUUUGCACGGGGUACGGAGGACUACAUGGAGACGUUUGGGCUGCCGUACGAUUACGGCAGUGUGAUGCACUAUCCGACGUUUGCGUUUGCGCGACCGGGAACGAGCGUGACGAUGGUUUCGCGGCAAAAUCGGAGUGCUGAGUUGGGCCAAACGGACGGCGCCAGUGAGUUGGAUUUGGAGAAGGUGCGGCGGAUGUAUGAUUGUCCGCGGGGGAAGUGAUAUCUUGGUUAAGGGCAAAGAGCAAACACGGUUAUUUUACA